AUGAACUGGCGAACUUUAAUCAUAGCCCUCCUGGCACCUUUAGCCAUGGCGGAGAUGAGCUUCAUCAACCCUCCAUCCAGCUUAAGUGGCGGAGGAGCAUUUAGCACAAAUACUGUGUUCAGGGAACAGACACUGGUGACGGUCAAAUGGUCCGGGACAACGUCGAAUAGCUCCUCGACAGUGGUGUUGUGGCAAGUCAAUGCCAGCCUGGCAACUGCGUCAGAUACCUCCGACGACAUAAAUGCAGCAGUCAUAGGAGACUUGGAGUAUGUUGCUCGUGAGUGUUCGCGUUCCCAAGACUCUCAGGAGUUCAAGUUCAAGUACGCAACGGUGAUACUGACAUGUUUGUUGUUCUUCUCGUUCACAGGAGCAAUAGACUGGCAGGUGGACGAUACUCCUUGGACUGUGACCACGCGAAAGGACCUUUCUGUGUCGAACAUGUUCUUCAUGAGUCUAUACCAAACAGGCUCCACGAACCCCGAUGACUACAGCGUUUACUUCAACAUCUCAUCAGCAGACGGCAGCAGCUCUACCUCAUCGACAGCACCCUCUUCAACCAGCUCAUCCCCGACAAGUUCCUCUGCGACCGAUGCGGCUGCGACCACGUCCAGCACGAGCGAUAGUGGUGGAGGUGGUGGCUUGUCAACCGGUGCUCAGGCCGGGAUCGGCGUCGGCGUCGGCGUCGCAGCCAUCAUCGCCCUCGCUGGCGCCUGGCUGGCUAUCCGGCACCGCAAGAAGGCAAAGAGCAACGUGAAUCAAGCCGCGACAACAGCGCCUGGAGAGUACAAACAUGCAACAGUCGGGGAGACUACAUGGAAUGGAUAUGGCGGACAUCAGACGACGCCGCACGAGUUGUCUGGACGGAGUAGUCACCCGGUUGCCCCUGUUGAGAUGGACUGA